GGAAAAAUAUUUCUCAAAGGAAAAUAUAGAGUAGCAGUUAAUGCAAUAUUUUCAAUUGUGCAAGUUAACCUUAGUGACAUAUAAAUUUUUGGACGAUAAAAGAACAUCCGAAUUAUAAAUUCCUGACCGCAUUUGUUCUCCUAAGUUCUCUAAUUAUACACCAAAAAGUAAUUAAAAAUGUUCAGUGGAUUCACAGCUUCAUUAAAAAAUCUCGGUGAUAAGGCAUCCAGCCUUUUUGAGAAAAAAAAGAAGGAAGCAGGUGAUAUUGCAUCAGAAAAAGUUGAAAAAGCAAAGAAAUUGGCAGAAGAACAAGUUCAGAAGACCUCUGAUGCUGUUUCAGGUGCUACUUCUGGUGCAUCAAGCCUAAUUGCUGGUGUUAAGAAAGAAGCUGCCGAUACCAAGGAUGAUGUUCAAACAAAAGCUGACGAAGGUGUGAAAGACAUCGAAGAUUCAAUUGAAUCACAAAUUAUUCAAGCCAAUCAGGCAGCUAGUAAGGUCACUAAUGAUGUCGAAAAAGCUAAAGAUGCUGCUGUCGAGGAAACAGUUAAGAAAGUUGAUCAGGUCAAGGAAGAAUCUGCAGCUCAAGCUGAUCUUCUUAAAACAGGUGCAAAUGCAGCUAUUGAUCAAGGCCUUAAAUCAGCUGAAACAGCAGUAGAUGAUCAAUUGCGAGCAGUAGAAAAGACCAUUGAUGAAAAAAUAAAAGUUGCCAGCAAAGCUGUAGACGACAAAAUUUUAGAAGCAAAUAAGUAUGCUGAUUCAAAGCGACAGGAAAUAACACAUAAUAUCACUGAGAGUCUCAACAAAGUCCAACAGAGUGCAAUGGGUGAAGCAUCGAACAUGCUCGGAAAAUUAAACCUAGGUGGAAAUAAAUAA